AUGCCUUCGAUUGGAGCUACAGAAGUUCCGUCAGACUCCUCAUCUUCUGGGGAGUCUGACUACCUUGACAAUGGCGAUUCUCGAAAACGGCGCCGAACAAUCGACGACGAGCCCGCUGAGACCGCUUUCGACGACGAAGAUGACGAUGAUGAACAAGAGCUGACGAAUUUUCUUCCCACAAUUAAGGCACCAUCGCGAGUAAAAUCAUCUGCUGCAAAUGGUACCUUAAUGAACUCAAAGGAACCGAAACUGUCGCGACCCCAGCAACACCAGCAACCCAUCCUCGCGCCAACUGAUCCCAAUGUCACAUUCUCCGGCAUCCAGGUCAAGCCCUGGCUUGUCCAGUCGCUCCAGAACAUGGCAAUCAGACGGCCAACUGGAAUUCAGAAGGGCUGCAUCCCAGAAAUAUUGAAAGGCAGGGAUUGCAUUGGAGGUAGCCGAACAGGUUCCGGAAAGACUGUUGCCUUUGCAGUGCCCAUUCUGCAGAAGUGGGCAGAGGACCCGACGGCUAUCUACGCCGUUGUACUGACACCUACGCGAGAGCUCGCGCUCCAGAUCUACGAACAGUUCAAGGCCAUAUCUGCACCACAAAGUCUCAAGGCCAUCCUGGUGACCGGUGGAGCAGAUAUGCGAGCUCAGGCGAUUGCCCUUGGCCAGAGGCCGCAUAUCGUCAUUGCCACCCCAGGUCGACUGGCUGAUCACAUUCGAACAUCGGGCGAAGAUACAAUAUGUGGACUUAGAAGGGUUCGCUAUGUCGUUCUAGACGAAGCCGAUAGACUGCUCCAUGCAGUCGGGCCGGGAAGCAUGUUGCCAGACGUGGAAGAGUGCCUGUCAGUUCUGCCCCCGGCCACCGAGAGACAGACCCUUCUAUUCACUGCCACCAUCACGCCGGAAGUAAGAGCGCUCAAGGACAUGCCACAGAAGCCCGGCAAGCAGCCCGUGUUUGUCUGCGAGGUUGACACUCAGAUGCUUGCGAUCCCUGCCACGCUCAAACAGAUGCACGUCCAGAUCCCAGUUACGCACAAGGAACACUACCUCCACGUCUUUCUGCUCACCGAAGCCAACGCCGAGAAGACGGUCAUCAUCUUCUGCAACCGAACAUCGACCGCCGACUACCUGCAUCACCUUCUGCGGCUGCUCGAGCACCGCGUCACCUCGCUCCACUCAAAGCUCCCCCAGCGGCAGCGUAUCGACAACCUGGCUCGAUUCCGAGCCUCGGCGGCUCGGAUCCUGGUCGCCACGGAUGUGGCGGCUCGCGGUCUGGAUAUCCCCGAGGUCAGUCUUGUGAUCAACUACGACAUCCCGCGAGACCCAGAUGACUAUAUCCACCGUGUGGGUCGUACCGCCCGUGCUGGCCGGAAGGGUGAGGCGGUCACAUUUGUGGGCCAGCGGGACGUGGAGCUCGUCCUCGCUAUUGAGAAGCGAGUCGGGAGGGACAUGGAUGCUUGGAGUGAGGAGGGAGUCAACCUCGAGACCCGCGUGCUCCGGGACGCCCUCAAGGUGGUGAGCGAGACGAAGAGAGAGGCCCUUUUGGAGAUCGAGGAGGGGAGGGAGGUCGGUGGCAAGCGGAAGCGAUCAAAGCUCAAGUUCCGAGCCAACUAG